GAUGUGACCAGCGUAGUAGUCACUAGCAAAAUUUAUUUUUUCUCUGCCGCGGCAUUGAAGCGACGGUUGCGUGCAAGUCUAAUUGCAGUCUCAGCAGCAACUUACUUUGGGAUGAUGAGAAAGACAGCAUCGAGCAACUCGGACCCUCUCUCGGAAAACAUCGCUCACUCUCCGCCACUGCCUUCCAGACUGGGAACGUAGCCAUGACGAGCUUGUUCAGAUCCUACACAACUGUGGACAAGGAGCGACGCGGCACCGAUAUCAAAGCAGCCAAGCAGGCCAAGCAGAAUGCGAAGGGUGCCCGCUCCUUCUGGGAGUCGCAGGUGCGCUCAUCGCGAGUUGUGCAAGUGCGGCGAGGCUCAGCAGAGCAGUCCGUAGCCGGAGUCCUACCUGAUGGAAAUGACUCCGAUGGAACUGGAAUGUCUGUGAUGGAAAUUCAACCGGAUGGCGUCUCAGAAGCCGAAACAGCCAUCCACAAAAUCGUCCGUGAUCUCAGAAGUGACCUGGAAAGCAUGCACCACGAGGACCUAGAUAUUUCCCUUCGCCUUGCUUCUCUUCAAGGAGAGAUAUCGUCCCUUGAGGAUGAGCUAACUGAACAUGGCUACAAGAUGGACUUUGGCCACACUCCAGACCUUGAGCCAAGCCAAUCUCCCAGCUUCAGCCCUCCCGGUAGCAGCACAACAGACAAUUUCAACGGAGACUACAAGUCGAACAGCCUCCAGCGCAAUAUGCAUAGAGGACAGAUGGUUGCACAGUCUGACAGUUCUGCCGAUGAGUCUGCUAUACGAGCAAGGCGUGAUUCCAUGCGCGAGAAACAUGUCGCCUCGGCCGUCAAGUUCAAGCGAGUCAAUAGCUACCAUGGUUUGCAGUCAGCACGGGUUAUUCUGAAGCCGAUGGCACCAGCGGAAUCUGUAGAUCGCCUGGAGUGGAAUAAGCCGCAUCUAUGGCCAUCGGCACAGCGCCCGCAGGCACCGGUUUCUAGGUCAGGCUCUGCCUGCAGCAGUGCGUAUCAGAGCGAGUCUGGCGAGACAUCGCUAGAUAGCACUCAUGAGGUGGAUGAGGACAGUGGCUCUCCGUAUGGUCGACGUAGACCCACCGGUCCCUUGAUGCAUCGUGUGCGGAGAGGUGAAUCUUCUGCAGCGACGGCAGCUGGUGCAAUUUCACCCACGUCGGAGGACGCAUUCAGUCAGUCACCAACCUCUAGCAGUGACUAUGCUGUGCCCUCUUCAGUAGGUGCAUCCUCCAGCAGUGCCACUUCACCAAAUACACAAACACCACCAGUGCGACGUGGGGCCGUACCGCCGAAAACAGCACCGAAGACCUCUGGGUCGCCGAUGAGCAGUAGUGCAGCCCAGUCUCCAAGCGAAGAAGGUGCACCCUCUAGCCAUAUCGUGGGACGACCUGCUGCUAACGUACUGUCGGGACUGCCCAGUCUUGAUGAUGAUAUCCGUACCCGUGCAGUGUCUGGUAUCCACUCUGAAGAAAUCGUUGCUAUGUAUAUGGAAAGAGAAAGUAGUAUUCGCUCUGAACUUGGUCUAGUACGGCAAGGAUCUAAAGUAUCGUCUUUGGCGAAAACUUUCUCCAAACCAGGGCAGCCGAAUGAACAAAAGCCGGCACCAUUUGUAAGAUCAGCAAGCUCAUCCAAGCGCAGAACGGAGCGUGUGGACAGCAGUAUUGCCUCUUCGAGUAGCUUCCGAUCAUCUCUACGCCGGCGGAACAGUGCUCAUCUCAGCACCACGUCGGAGCAAUUGGAGGAGUCAAAAGAAACUGCAUCGGCUACCCGCCCUAAACACCAGAGCACCACUGUCAAUACUUACUGUUAGUUAAAUGUCACUUGUACCUACACCAAGGCCAGGUGGAAUGAUACUAUGACAGUAAUGGAAUGACUGUUACACUAGCGUUACCCUGUAUUCCAUUAGCAUGCUGGAGGAGAUUCCAGCAACAGUUCUUUUAGGUUGCCAGUCGCUGGCUGACUGGACUACGUGCCGUUUUGUUGAAAAGAUUCUAUUACCAAAGAAACUAUUAUUUCCUUCACAACACUAGACUCUUCAAGAUGCUUGUAUUCUAAUCGAAAUAUGAUUAUAUAAUUAUUUGAAGAGAGGAACACUCGUCUAUUUACACUAUUGUCUUGAUCAUGACGAAACACUCUGCACCGCCACUGUCCUAGCAAUGCAAGCUUAUUUAUGUUACUUCACCAUUGCAACGGCGAUAGAUUUGGUUGUCUUGAACAACUAUAGGAUAACUGCGUUUCUAGCUACUGGGAGUAUUGUACACUGAGCCCUCUGGUACAAAUCGCGGCUUUGGAAUGUCUACUGCUUUUGGGGUCAUUUUUACUCCUCUGAAUUACCAUCAGAACAAACUAUUGUUCCGCGUUCAUCGCACCCUUGCA